UGCUUUUCCUGCGCCCUGCUGGGAGCUGCGCACUCCAGGUAUCCUGGCCUGCCGCCCUAGCCGGCCCAAGGAGCCACACAGGACAGUUGACCCAACACUUCUGCCAUCUGAAGAAUGACACCUGCAUCCCUCCAUCCGUGGGACCGCCAAGGAACUCAGGGAGCUCAGAUUCUCUCAGAUCAAAAAGACACCGAGUCAUCGGAUAGCCAUGCCGUCCUGAAAACGGCCUUCUUUUGAAGAAAAUGUGAAUGGGAAGCAUGAAUAAUGAUGAACAAGUUCAGUGACUUCCACCCUGUUGGAGAAAUUGACCUUCAUCCCCAGUUCCUGUGCAGCUUUCUGGAUCUCGUCUUCCAAGGUGAAGUGGAGGUUCCGGAUCCGAACGACCCUUUAGGACCCCUUGAUGGGCAGGACGGCCCGAUUCCAACUCUGAAAGGUUACUUUCUGAAUUUUCUGGAGCCAGUAAACAAUAUCACCAUUGUCCAAGGCCAGACGGCAAUUCUGCACUGCAAGGUGGCGGGAAACCCACCCCCCAACGUGCGGUGGCUGAAGAACGACGCCCCGGUGGUGCAGGAGCCGCGGCGGAUCAUCAUCCGGAAGACAGAAUACGGCUCGCGACUGCGAAUCCAGGACCUGGACACGACAGACACUGGCUACUACCAGUGCGUGGCCACCAACGGGAUGAAGACCAUUACCGCCACCGGCGUCCUGUUUGUGCGGCUGGGUCCAACGCACAGCCCAAAUCAUAACUUUCAGGACGAUUACCAUGAGGAUGGGUUCUGCCAGCCUUACCGGGGAAUUGCCUGUGCGCGCUUCAUUGGCAACCGGACCAUUUAUGUGGACUCGCUCCAGAUGCAGGGGGAAAUUGAAAACCGAAUCACAGCGGCCUUCACCAUGAUCGGCACCUCUACGCACCUGUCGGACCAGUGCUCGCAGUUCGCCAUCCCAUCCUUCUGCCACUUCGUGUUCCCUCUGUGCGACGCGCGCUCCCGGGCACCCAAGCCGCGUGAGCUGUGCCGCGACGAGUGCGAGGUGCUGGAGAGCGACGGUUCCUCCAUGGAGGUGUCAUGGCCUGCACUCUUCUCACCCAUGGCUGAGCAGGACCAUCAGUGCUAUAACGGCUCAGGCACGGAUUACAGAGGAACGGCAAGCACCACCAAGUCAGGUCACCAGUGCCAGCCGUGGGCCCUGCAGCACCCCCACAGCCACCACCUGUCCAGCGCAGACUUCCCUGAGCUUGGAGGGGGGCACGCCUACUGCCGGAACCCCGGAGGCCAGAUGGAGGGCCCCUGGUGCUUUACGCAGAAUAAAAACGUACGCAUGGAACUGUGUGACGUACCCUCGUGUAGUCCUCGAGACAGCAGCAAGAUGGGGAUUCUGUACAUCUUGGUCCCCAGCAUCGCAAUUCCACUGGUCAUCGCUUGCCUUUUCUUCUUAGUCUGCAUGUGCCGGAAUAAGCAGAAGGCAUCUGCGUCCACACCGCAGCGGCGACAGCUGAUGGCCUCGCCCAGCCAAGACAUGGAAAUGCCCCUUAUUAACCAGCACAAACAGGCCAAACUCAAAGAGAUCAGCCUGUCUGCAGUGAGGUUCAUGGAGGAGCUGGGAGAGGACCGGUUCGGGAAAGUCUACAAGGGCCACCUGUUUGGCCCCGCCCCGGGGGAGCAGACCCAGGCCGUGGCCAUCAAAACACUGAAGGACAAAGCAGAGGGGCCCCUGCGGGAGGAGUUCCGGCACGAGGCCAUGCUGCGAGCACGGCUGCAACACCCCAACAUCGUCUGCCUGCUGGGCGUGGUGACCAAGGACCAGCCCCUGAGCAUGAUCUUCAGCUACUGUUCGCACGGCGACCUCCACGAAUUCCUGGUCAUGCGCUCGCCGCACUCGGACGUGGGCAGCACGGACGACGACCGCACGGUGAAGUCCGCCCUGGAGCCCCCCGACUUCGUGCACCUGGUGGCACAGAUCGCGGCAGGGAUGGAGUACCUCUCCAGCCACCACGUGGUUCACAAGGACCUGGCCACCCGCAACGUGCUGGUGUACGACAAGCUGAACGUGAAGAUCUCAGACUUGGGCCUCUUCCGAGAGGUGUAUGCCGCCGAUUACUAUAAGCUGCUGGGGAACUCGCUGCUGCCCAUCCGCUGGAUGGCCCCGGAGGCCAUCAUGUACGGCAAGUUCUCCAUCGACUCGGACAUCUGGUCCUAUGGCGUGGUCCUGUGGGAGGUCUUCAGCUACGGCCUGCAGCCUUACUGCGGGUACUCCAACCAGGACGUGGUGGAGAUGAUCCGGAACCGGCAGGUGCUGCCCUGCCCGGACGACUGUCCCGCCUGGGUGUACGCCCUCAUGAUCGAGUGCUGGAACGAGUUCCCCAGCCGGCGGCCCCGCUUCAAGGACAUCCACAGCCGGCUCCGAGCCUGGGGCAACCUUUCCAACUACAACAGCUCGGCGCAGACCUCGGGGGCCAGCAACACCACGCAGACCAGCUCCCUGAGCACCAGCCCAGUGAGCAAUGUGAGCAACGCCCGCUAUGUGGGGCCCAAGCAGAAGGCCCCGCCCUUCCCACAGCCCCAGUUCAUCCCCAUGAAGGGUCAGAUCAGACCCAUGGUGCCCCCGCCGCAGCUCUACAUCCCUGUCAAUGGCUACCAGCCGGUGCCGGCCUAUGGGGCCUACCUGCCCAAUUUCUACCCAGUGCAGAUCCCAAUGCAGAUGGCCCCGCAGCAGGUACCUCCUCAGAUGGUCCCCAAGCCCAGCUCACACCACAGCGGCAGCGGCUCCACCAGCACAGGCUACGUCACCACGGCCCCCUCCAACACGUCCGUGGCGGACAGGGCAGCCCUGCUCUCAGAGGGCACCGAGGACGCACAGAACGCCCCAGAAGACGGGGCACAGAGCCCCGUGCAGGAAGCAGAGGAGGAGGAAGGCUCUGUCCCAGAGACUGAGCUGCUGGGGGACAGUGACACUCUGCAGGUGGACGAAGCCCAAGUCCAGCUGGAAGCUUGAGUGGCACCAGGGCCCAGGGUUCGGGGACGGAAACCCCGCUGAGACCCCACAGGGACCUCAGUCGCCUUUGAGAAGACACCAUACCCAGCAAUCACGAGAGCCCGCCGGCCAGCGGGCUUGUUUACAGACAGGGUGAGGUGGAGCCCUGCUCCUCUCUGUCCUCUGACACAGACAGCUGUCCUGCCUAGGAGCACCCAAGCCAGGCAGGGGGCCUGGUAGCACGGCAUCCUGAGGAGCAGGACACAUGGUCACCCCCAGGGCUGCCUACAUUGAUUCUGGUGGUAGACUGGUAGUGAGCAGCAAAUGCCUUUCAAGAAAAUAGGUGGCAACUUCACUCCGUGUCGUAUUUGGAGCGAAUAUUUCGGAACGUUGGGAAUAAGGGCCUGCAAAAGGCAGCGAGGAGGCACCUCGGUCUUGAGGUUCCCGACAAGCCAUCUGGUCUGUUGCUUUGAGGAUGAAGGGGCUCCAUUUCUGCUGCCUCCCUGCCAAGAAUAUUCUCCCUUUAGCAGCCAAAGAUUCGUUGGAACCGAGGCUGCCCUCUGCUGCCUGUUGGGGUCGGAAGACAAGGGGCUCCUGAAAUGGGAGUUCCUGAGAUACAACAAAACGUGUGCCUUCGAAGAAAUGGACAGCUUUGUGUUUGGUGAAAUGGUUUUAAUUAUACUGCAUGUGUAUUUUGCCCACUUUUUGGGAAUUCAAGGGAAAGUGUUUCUUGGGUUUGGAAUGUUCAGAAGAAGCAAUAUUGUACAGAACACAGUAUUGUUAUUUUUUUUUAAGAAUCAUGUACAGACCUUAAAUGUAAUUUAUAUGUUUUUAAUAUGCCAUUUUCAUUGAAGUAUUUUGAUCCUAAGAUAAUGAUUUUAGUAAUUUAACUGUUUACGUUACCCGUGUUGGGAUCCAGCUGGUCUUGGUUUGCUUAUCUUUGUACCACGUGCACAGGAGGUCCAUUCAUUUUACAGCCCCUGUUACACACAGACCCACAGGCAGCCGUCUGUGCCCCGCACACAUCGUUGGUCCCAUUUGUAAAUCCCACACCUGGUGUAUCCAAUAAAGUGAAACAAAGCAU